UUUGUCCAUGCAGGCAAAAGCAACGAGCUUCUCAUGUCAAAUCUGUGGGAAAGAAAUCAAGAACAAAGCGUCUCUCAACUACCACUUCAUGGCCGAGCACAACGGGCUGGAGGAGGAGAUGCGUGACGAUGACUCGCCGGAUAAGCGUCGAACAGGGCAGAACUGCCUCGCGCUCAAGGUCGUGCUGAAGAAGCAAGGCAAGCUGCGAUGCCAGGUGCGGGACUGCGGUCGCUCCUUCCUCUCGGCCGACGGAUACCUCUACCACUGGAAGACGUGCGGCAAGGAGGUGAUAUACGGUCGACUGCGAGGCUGUGCGGAAAGAAGCUGAAAGCAGGGAAGCCUCACCCUACCUACAUGCGAGCAGCAUGCACUGGAAGGAGGAGGCGGCCCAGAAGCUGAGGGAGGAGGUC